CAAGCCCAGGGUGCUGAGCAGGCAGAGUGGUGGGGUGCUGCUUCCUUGUCUAAACUGACCAGACCUAGCAGACACCAAGCAAGACAUGCACAGACAUGAAGAUAAAAUAGUAGACUGCCUGGAUUUAAGUAACUAAGAUGAAGUGAGGGACUGCUUGAGAAACAUCUGAAAGAAGCCAAGUCUAAAUGUAAACAUAUCGCUUUGCUUUUGACUGCUGCUUCAAACUCCAAAAGCAAGGGGGUGUUGAUAUUCAAGAAGUGUUGACAAAGGGCCAGGAAGUUCACACUUGCUAGCUACGGUACAGGACAUACAAUUUCAGAAUAAAAAUACGAUUGUAGACUACAAAGUGAAGACUUAAGAUUCUCUGUCUCUGCAACAAGAGAUUCUGACUUUGAAGAAGACUGCUUUGUUAUUGCUCUGAACAAAGGUAGUGCUUUGAGAUUCAAUUACAACAGGGUUUCUAGACAAGCAGAGUACCAGCAGAGUGAAACUUGGAAACAAUGGAGCAUCUCCCACAGACAAAAGGCAAAGGAGUCUUGAUGUUUGCAAAGAGGCGCCAAAGGAUGGAUGAUCUUUCUGCAGAACAAGAGGAAAUGACACAAAAAGGUACAGCAGUGCAUGCAUUUCUGGAAUCUGAAGUUGAAAUUGCAAAGCCUGCUCCACAAGAAGAAAGUAAACCAGCACCACAAGAAGUCUUUGUUAGAAAACAACAGCCGUAUCAAGAGCAGCCAUAUCAGCAACAGAUGUUGCCACAGUCAGCAAAUGGUAUGAAUGGUUUGGAUCCAUUCCACAGUUCAGGUGUUCCCAGACCCAUUGUACCCAACAGAACUGCUAAGCCUUUCCUAGGUGGUCAUGAUCAAGGCUCAGAAACUUUUUUGCCAGUCAGAGGUGUCUCACAUCCAGCACCUAAGAAACCUGAAAACAUAUUUAAGGUUCCUGUUCCAGUAAACACAACUCCACAGGUUUGGUCCCCCACAACAGACAUCAUUGCUUCACGUGAUGAACGUAUUGCUAUACCUGCAAUUAAGACAGGGAUCCUGCCUGAAACUAAAAGGAGAGGAGCAAACAAGACAGACUUGAAAGAGAUGACCCCUUUUCAAAAGAAAGGUGAUCAGAGGUUCAUAAUAGAGUUUGGUCCAGAAGAGGACUUUCUCAGUCUGGGUGCUGAAGCAUGCAAUUUCAUGCAAGUUCCAACAGUCAAACAGAAAAACCCUCCACCUGUCCUACCCAAACCUGUCAUCAACCCAGCUCACCCUCCGUGGUCUGCAGAAGGUUGUGAGUUUCGUAAUUCCCUUCCAACAUCAAGUUCAGUCCCUGCUAUUGUGCACACCAAAGUGCAGGCAGCAUCCCCAAAAAGUCCAUCACAGCCACAGCCUUCUGGAAAAGCCUGGGCCUCAUUGUCAUCUCAGCCACUACCACAUCAAGCAUUGCCUGUUUGGGCUCCAACCCACCCACCAGCUCUACAUCAAUCUCCAAAACCACAUCCAACACAAGUGAGUACUGAUACACCAGACUCACUCGAUGCUGGUCCUUCCCAAACUAAAACAUUAUGGACUAAGUCACAAAAUGACGGCAAAUCUGUUGCUUCCUGUCCACCCCAGCACAGGAGCUCAUGCUUUCAUACAUCUAAGGCUCCCCCAGCUUCUCCUAAAGCACAUGCAUCAGAUGCAGGUGCUUCUGAGGGGCUGAACCUUAAAGGCAAAGGAGCUGAACUGUUUGCCCGGAGACAGUCCCGUAUGGAAAAAUUUGUUGUGGAUGACGAGACUGUGAGAGCGAACAAGGCCAGAUACCCAUCACCAUCACUUUCAAUGCCAAGCACCUGGAAAUACUCUCCCAAUGUCCGUGCCCCACCUCCAGUGUCAUACAAUCCUAUUGUGUCCCCCUUUUAUCCCCUUGCAGCUGUUAAACAGCCUCCUUCUUCAACCAGCCCAAAAAUUAAGCCUAAAGCAACCGAGGAGAAAAACAAACAACCACCCAAACAUCUCAAUGUUCUUGAUGUCAUGAAACACCAGCCUUAUCAGCUGGAUUCUUCACUUUUCACCUACAACUCCAACCUAGAGGCUAAAGAAACAAGCCUUAUGUUGUGUCCUUCUUCCACCCACUCCCCUACAAAUUUGCAGGCCCAACCCCCCUCUUUUGAGCAAUCUACAAUGGCCUCUCCCUCCCAAAACCUUUUCUCCAAAAGUUCUCAGCCAGUUAAACAAAAUCCUUCUAAAGCCACUGGACAGGUAAGUGUUCCAUACCCCUUUGUCCGUCAGUCUGCAUCAAAUGUGGCUGGCAGUGCUCUACAGCAAUCAAAUGGGAAACUUCUAGCUCCACUUGCCAUGCGUGAUGGCGUUAAAAUCAAAGGGCUCUCCGACACCUGCCUGCCUCUUGCUAGCACUAGGGACAAUGUCUGUGUGAUAUCCCCUUCUUAUUUCUCCAUGAAUAAUGAAAAUAUUUCACAGUUUGCAUUGCCAAUGGCUCCAAGACCAAAGUUUUCAGCCAAAAAGUCAGCCUCUGGAGGCAAGCAAUGGAAACCAGUAAUUAUGCAACAUUAAUUGGUUAGCUUAAUUAACGAUUCUUCUUUAAAAUACACAAGAUAAGAAUUUCUUUCAUUAUAUAACAGUUCUACCAUAUAGCAUAAACUGAUUUGAUCAUAUAGCAAAGAAUAUUUUGCAUAGUUUGGAUCACCCUACCUUACAUUCUUUUGAAUCAUUAUAAAGAUAAACUUGUUUUUAUAUGUUUGCAGCAGAUACCUUGAAGAACAUCAAAAAGGUGUGCCCUGUAAAAAUAUAUAAUUAAAUCUUAUCUUAUCUGCUAUUACAUUUCUCUGCAUUUUUUUAGAGACUGUGAUAAAUGGUUGUUGUUCCUCAAUGUUCCCAUUCUUGAAAUUAGAAGUUUCUACCAAAACACAAUAUGUUUUAUAUGAAACAUAUUCUUUGUGUUUGAUAUUAUCAUUGUUUGAAAGGAAUGUAAACUUAUGUUAUGUGCAAUCCUUGUUGCCUGGUCAGAAAUGCACAAAUCAAAUGUUUGGUAUUUAAAGCAUUAGAUGCUGGGUUUUGGCCAUAGUUUCAGAUCAACAUACAAGAUUUCCAUUUGGAUUGUGCUGCUUUGUACUUGUAGCUCCUUUAGACCUCCUUCCAAAUCAGUUGUUGGUGGGUUAGAAUAAACUUUUAGCGGUUCUGCUGCAAAAUGGUUUUCUGACAUUCAGUUGUAUUUUUCUUGUCUGUGUUUUCUCUUGGGCAUCUCGAGUCAAUUCACGUUAAGAUGUAAUUCAGAAAACUUUUCAUUUCAUUAUUAUUACAUACUUUGCAAAUUAAACAUCUGCAUUGUAUCACUGUUUAGCAGACACUGCUGUUUAGUUACAGAGCACAAUAGUUGUCUGUCCUGUACUGAACACUCCAAGCACAUUCAUUUGUAAUAGCAUUCUGAACUUUGUUACUUUCUCUCUGGUUUCCUUUUGUCUUGUUAUGUCUAAACUAUUGCACUUCUUGAGCCUUCCUUUUAAUAAAUAUUUCC